GUGUUAGCGUAGAGACAAAUUGAGAGCAGUCCUCUGAAUUAGUUUAAGGGAUGCGACGAAACACGUUAGCUAAUGCUAUGGCCAGCUAACUUAUCGCUAUAGCAUUGUUAGCACAUAAGAUUGUCAGUUAGAUUAAUAUUAUACCGUUCCGCUUGUAUACGGGCAAAACUGGCGAGCAUUUGAGUUUUAGUACUUUUGUGGUUAUAACGUAUUAGAUCGAAUGAGAACUGCUUAAGAGAGACUAUAUUUUUCCUCUAUUUUUCCCAUCUGAUAGAAAGGCAGGGGGCGGGACAGGAUGUUAUGUGUUUCUGAAUGCUGAUUGGUCAGCAUAACAUGUCAAUCAAUUUUCCAUUGUUCUGAUUGGUCAGAACACGACGGAGCGUAAAUGCUCCUCAGGCCUGUCAAACAAAUGCAGAUUCUUUUGUUUCUAGCAUAGAAGCAGUCGGCUGCAUCGAUGUGAAUCAAAUAGUUGUAUUCCAUUACCGCACCAGCCUGUGCGAUGGGAAAGUCCUGGAUGACUCCAGGACCAUGGGGGGCCGCAGCAAACCCAUGGAGCUCAUCUUGGGCAAGAAGUUUAAGCUAGCUGUGUGGGAGAGAGUGAUCAUCACUAUGAGAAAAGGCGAAAUUUCAGAAUUUACCUGCGACACUAAGCACACAGCAUUGUACCCACUCGUGUCCCAGUCCCUGAGAAACAUCAGUGCUGGUAAGGACCCCCUGGAAGGCCAGAGACAUUGCUGUGGCAUUGCCCAGAUCCAUUCCCACCACUCUCUAGGGCACAAGGACCUGGAUGAGCUUCAGGCCAGUCCGCUGCCUCUUGUCUUUGCUAUUGAGCUGCUGGAGGUCCUGCCUCCAGGAUCGUUCCAGCUGGAUGUGUGGGCUAUGACAGAUGAAGAGAAACUCGAGUUUGUGCCUCAGAUCCAUGAGGAGGGCAACAUGCUUUUCAAACAAGGAAAAAUUCAGGAAGCCACUGAGAAGUACUACAAUGGCAUCGCCUGUCUCAAAAAUCUACAGAUGAAGGAACAUCCAGGAGAUGAAGCAUGGGUAAAGUUGGACCAUAUGAUCACACCACUGCUCCUCAACUACUGCCAGUGCAAGCUGCUUCAGGGCCAGUACUAUGAAGUCAUCGAACACUGCACAUCUGUGCUCUUCAAAUAUGAGGAUAAUGUGAAGGCCUUCUACAAGCGAGCUAAGGCCCAUGCCGCAGUGUGGAAUGAGAGAGAGGCUCGGGCGGACUUCGCUAAGGUGUUGGAACUGGACCCUUCUCUGGAACCAUCUGUUACCAAGGAGCUGAGGAUCAUGGAGGAGAAGAUUCGAUCCAAAGACAAGGAGGAAAAAAGUCGCUACAAAGGCCUAUUCAACACACCACCUGCCACUGCCACAACGGGUUGAAUCUUAGAGUGGAUUGAAACAGAGGAGGAUACUUGUGAAUUUGAGGACAGAGGAGAAACAGCAGACAUUGCUGAUGUUUCAGUUUUAUCCAUGAACCUAAGGCAAACACUCUGCCCUUCAUGGUACACCCAGAAAGAUACAUUCUCACACACUGUUAGUGUACGCAAGAUGCGAUUUUCAUUCUUGCCUUACUCUUUUAACGACCCCCCCAUGUUUUUGUUUUUUUUUUUUGUUUUUUUUUGAUUAGGACAUGCUGACAUUUUCAGCUUGACUUAAAUGAAAGUUCCAAAUUCCAUGGAAACCUUGGGUCUGUUCUGGCUAGCAGCACCAUUAAAAAGAAUAGUUACAGACAUUCUUAGUAAAUGCUCCCAGUAAUGGGCUACAUUCAGAAUGUUGCUCUAAGAAACAUUUUUCUGGUUUUUAAUGGUGCAUUUGUCUGUUGUUUGUUAAAAACCACUGUAUCAGAAUUUGUACAGCAAACAUAAAUUUGCCUCAGUAUUCGAAACAAGUAGUUUAAACAUUUUAUAUUGUUUCUCUGAAAUAUGCACAGAACUGGUGGAUAAUCCUAAAAUUACUUGUAGCUAUAGCUAACAAGGAGAGAUGUCAGCAGAUCCUGGACAGGAAUGUGCUCACUUCAGAAAAGCUAUUACAUAUAUAUACGUAUAUAUUUCUUUUUUUUUUUGUUGCACAAGGUACAUUGUGUACUCACAUGCACACCUCUGCCUUGCACCACCAGACCCCUUCUCCAUCUCGGUCACAGGGGAAACACUGGGAUGAGGAGGAGACCAUUAUCUCCUGGUAGAUGAGACUGGGAAACCGACCAGUCUGUGACAAUCAUUAUGUAACACACAUGGACUUGUGUUAUCUUUGCUUUCUCCAAUGUACUUAUUUCAUAUACUUUAUCAUUGUCAUUAUGUUGUUCUUGUCAAGAUGUGCUCUAAACCAUCAAUGUCUCCUGCUUACUCAUUACUCUUCAUUUAAAACAGUUGGUCAGUAGUCCCCACCUGUCUGAAGUGAUAUGUUAUUGAGGUUGUGAUUAUGUAUCUGAAAAUAAAUGUCUUUAUCCCCA